GAGCCCGGGCCCGCAUCCGGCAGCGCCCCGAUAGCGCUUAUCGGGGGCACCGGGCGGCGCCGCGCCCCGCCCGCGCCGCGGCUCCUUUAAGGCGCGGCCCCUCCCCACCCUCUGCGGGGGGAACGGGGCGUGGCCGGCGGGCGAGGCCCCGCCCCUCGCCCCUCUCUUAAAGCCGCAGAGCGCCCCGAGAGCCCCGCUAACGACGCAGGUCCCGCCGCGAUGCUGCUGCUGCUCCGCGCCGUCACCGGGCGCAGGCUCCCGCUGCCGCUGCCCUGCCGCGGCUGUUCCCGGCCGGGCGCCGCCCGCUUCGCCGCCGGCAGCUCGGGCCCGGGGGGCAGCGGGAGGGCGGCCCCGGUGCUGGCGGCGCUGCUGGGGCUCGGCGCCGUCCUGGCCUACGGAGACCGGAGGCGGCGGACCGCGCAGGCUGCCCAGGCUCCCCGGUACCCCCGGUACACGCGGGAGGAGGUGGGGCGGCACCGCUCGCCGCAGGAGCGCGUCUGGGUGACCCACGGCACCGAGGUCUUCGACGUCACCGACUUCGUGGAGCUGCACCCGGGGGGCGCCGACAAGAUCCUGCUGGCGGCCGGCGGGGCGCUGGAGCCCUUCUGGGCCCUGUACGCCGUGCACAGCCAGCCCCACGUCCUGGAGCUGCUGCGCGAGUACAAGGUGGGCGAGCUCAGCCCCGACGAGGCGCCGCCGGCCGCCGCCGCCGCCGGAGACCCCUUCGCCGGGGACCCCCCCCGGCACCCCGGGCUGCGCGUCAACAGCCAGAAGCCCUUCAACGCGGAGCCGCCGGCCGAGCUGCUGGCCGAACGCUUCCUGACGCCCAACGAGCUCUUCUUCACCCGCAACCACCUGCCGGUGCCGGCGGUGGACCCGGGCUCCUACCGGCUGCGGGUGGAGGGCCCCGGGGGCCGGGCGCUGUCGCUGUCGCUGCCGGAGCUGCGCAGCCGCUUCCCCAAGCACGAGGUGACGGCCACGCUGCAGUGCGCCGGCAACCGCCGGGCCGAGAUGAGCCAGGUCCGCCCCGUCAAGGGGCUGCCGUGGGACAUCGGGGCCAUCAGCACGGCCCGCUGGGGCGGCGCGCGGCUGCGCGACGUCCUGCUGCACGCCGGCUUCGAGGAGGAGCGGGAGGGCGAGUGGCACGUCUGCUUCGAGGGGCUGGACGCCGACGCCGGGGGGGCCCCCUACGGCGCCUCCAUCCCCUACGGCCGUGCCGUCAGCCCGGCCGCCGACGUGCUGCUGGCCUACGAGAUGAACGGCGAGGAGCUGCCCCGCGACCACGGCUUCCCCGUGCGCGUGGUGGUGCCCGGCGUGGUGGGCGCCCGCAGUGUCAAGUGGCUGCGGCGGGUGGCCGUCAGCCCGGCCGAGAGCCCCAGCCACUGGCAGCAGAACGACUACAAGGGCUUCUCCCCCUGCGUGGACUGGGACACGGUGGACUACAAGACGGCGCCCGCCAUCCAGGAGCUGCCGGUGCAGUCGGCCAUCACCCACCCGCGCCCCGGGGCGGCGGUGCCGGCGGGGGAGCUGACGGUGAAGGGCUACGCCUGGAGCGGCGGCGGGCGCCCGGUGGUGCGGGUGGACGUCUCGCUGGACGGCGGGCGCACGUGGCGCGUGGCGCGGCUGUCGGGCGAGCGGCCCCCGCCGGGGCGCGCCUGGGCCUGGGUCCUGUGGGAGCUGCAGGCGCCGGUGGCGGCGGGAGCGGAGCUGGAGAUCGUCUGCAAGGCGGUGGACGGCAGCUACAACGUGCAGCCCGACACCGUGGCCCCCAUCUGGAACCUGCGCGGGGUGCUCAGCAACGCCUGGCACCGCGUCCGCGUCUCCGUCCGCGACUGAGGGCCGCACUCCCCCCCCCCCCCGCCGCUUUCCCUUCUCCCGCCCGCUCGCGUGCGCGGCCGCGCCGCCGGCGGCUCGAAGGUCGCCGCUUUACGGCCCGCGACGUGUGAAAGUGGCUCCAUAAAGAUUGCGCAGCGUUUA